AUGCAGGCCCCGGUGCUGGUUAUGAACACGCAGAAUAACGAUAGACAAACUGGAAGAAAAGCUCAGUUAUCGAAUAUUACGGCUGCUAAGACUGUCGCAGAUAUCAUCCGAUCAUGUCUAGGUCCAAAGGCUAUGCUGAAGAUGUUGUUGGAUCCUAUGGGCGGUAUUGUUUUAACAAAUGAUGGCCACGCUAUUCUGCGAGAAAUCGAAGUUUCACAUCCAGCGGCGAAGAGCAUGAUCGAGCUCAGCAGAACACAAGAUGAAGAAGUUGGAGAUGGAACGACGACAGUUAUCAUUCUGGCUGGAGAGAUCCUUGCGCAAGCACUUCCGCAACUCGAGCGAAACAUCCACCCCGUUGUAAUCAUCUCUGCCUUCAAGGCUGCCCUAAAAGAUGCUCUCGAAAUUAUUGAUGAGAUUUCUCUCCCCGUUGAUAUUAAUGAUGACAAAGCCAUGUACCAACUAAUUUCGUCCUCGAUCGGCACAAAAUUCGUCUCGCGGUGGUCAGAACUUAUGUGUAGUCUUGCGCUCAAGGCAGUACGGACAGUGCAGCAUGAGGCAGGUGGUGGAAAGAUGGAGGUGGACAUCAAGCGUUAUGCGCGGGUAGAGAAGAUUCCAGGAGGGGAGAUUGAGGACAGCAGAGUGUUAGACGGAGUCAUGGUUAACAAAGAUAUCACUCAUCCCAAGAUGAGGAGACGGAUCGAAAAUCCAAGAAUUGUUUUGCUUGACGCUGGGCUGGAGUACAGAAAAGGAGAAUCACAGACCAACAUUGAGAUCACAAAGGAGGAAGACUGGAAUAAGAUUUUGGAAAUCGAGGAGGAGCAGGUCAAGCUUAUGUGUGAGGCAGUUCUUGCGCUCAAGCCUGACUUGGUCAUCACAGAGAAGGGUGUUUCUGAUCUUGCCCAGCACUAUUUCGUAAAAGCUAAUGUAACAGCUAUACGUCGUGUUCGUAAGACCGAUAACAACAGAAUUGCACGUGCUACGGGCGCAACUGUUGUCAACAGAGUGGAUGAUCUCCAGGAGUCCGAUGUGGGUACGCUUUGUGGUCUAUUUGAGAUCGAGAAGAUUGGAGACGAGUAUUUCACAUUCCUUACUAAGUGCAAAAACCCUAAAGCAUGCACCAUUCUUCUCCGUGGACCAUCGAAGGAUAUCUUGAACGAGAUUGAUCGAAAUCUGGCUGAUGCUAUGGCUGUUGCUCGAAAUGUCAUGUUUCACCCAAGAUUAUCACCAGGUGGUGGUGCUACAGAGAUGGCUGUUGCAGUCAGAUUAGGACAACUAGCAAAGAGCAUCGAGGGUGUUCAGCAGUGGCCGUACAAGGCUGUUGCAGAGGCGAUGGAAGUCAUCCCAAGGACACUUAUCCAGAAUGCCGGUAACAGCCCUGUGAGAGUAUUGACAGAAUUGAGAGCCAAGCACGCCGAAGGUGGUAGCUCCUGGGGUAUCGAUGGAGAUGUAGGCAAGCUUGUCGACAUGAAGGAAUACGGAGUUUGGGAACCAGAAGCUGUCAAGCUUCAAAGUAUUAAAACAGCUAUUGAGUCUGCGUGCCUGCUUCUUCGAGUUGAUGAUAUAUGCAGCGCGAAGGCUGCUCGACAAGCCGGUGGCGGUGGUGGAGGAGAUGAGUAG